CUGAAGCACCCAAAACAAGUAAAGAAAAGCAUCACUCUUUUCGUCUUCUCUCUUCCUCCUUUCAUCGAAAAUGGCGGACAAUGAUUCUCUAGAUCAGUUCUUGGCUGCCGCCAUUGAUGCCGCUAAAAAAGCUGGACAGAUUAUUCGUAAAGGGUUUUACGAGACCAAACAUGUUGAACACAAAGGCCAGGUGGAUUUGGUGACAGAGACUGAUAAAGGAUGUGAAGAACUCGUGUUUAAUCAUCUCAAGCAGCUAUUUCCCAAUCACAAGCUCAUAGGAGAAGAAACUACAGCUGCAUAUGGUGUGACAGAAUUAACAGACGAACCAACUUGGAUUGUUGAUCCUCUUGAUGGAACAACAAAUUUCGUUCACGGGUUCCCUUUUGUGUGUGUUUCCAUUGGACUUACGAUUGGAAAAGUCCCUGUGGUUGGCGUUGUUUACAAUCCUAUUAUGGAUGAGCUAUUCACCGGUGUCCAAGGGAAAGGAGCAUUCUUGAACGGAAAGCCAAUUAAAGUGUCAACUCAGAGCGAACUUGUAACCGCUUUGCUCGUAACAGAGGCGGGUACUAAACGUGAUCAAGCUACAUUAGAUGAUACAACCAACAGAAUCAACACUUUGCUAACCAAGGUUAGGUCCCUUAGGAUGUGUGGCUCGUGCGCACUGGACCUCUGUGGCGUUGCGUGUGGAAGGGUUGAUAUCUUCUAUGAACUCGGUUUCGGUGGUCCAUGGGACAUUGCAGCCGGAAUUGUAAUCGUUAAAGAAGCUGGUGGACUCAUUUUUGAUCCAUCCGGUAAAGAUUUGGACAUUACAUCACAGAGGAUCGCGGCUUCCAACUCUUCUCUCAAAGAGGUUAGGGCGUCGACCACUUUGGAAAACCCUAGAAACGUUGGUUCCUUCAACAGGAAUGACCCUAACGUUGGCACUGGAUUGGUAGGCGCUCCUUCUUGCGGGGACCUCAUGAGCCUCCAGAUUAACGUCGAUGAUUCCGCUUCUGAAUGGAUCAAGGGCAAAACCUUAGAGGAAGUUUUGACCAUCAAGAAUGCGGAAAUCGCAAAGCAUCUAAGGUUGCCACCCGUCAAGCUACAUUGCAGUAUGCUUGCAGAGGACGCUAUCAAGUCUGCGGUCAGAGACUACAAGAAAAAGCAAUCAAAGGCUAAUAAUGCUGCUGCUGCAGGAGAAACCGUCAAGGCCGGAUUCCACUAAAUUUGAAUUUGGAAUGAGCUUUUUUAGGGGCUUCUUUGCUACCACUUCCAACAAGGUACAUUAUUCUUUUU